AGCUUCACAAGCGAAGGCAACAAGUGCUUGGACAAUUGCAGCAGAAUCAAAUGGCGAAUAUUUCACGACCACCCUUUUCACACAGCCCUGAGCAGAAACGACAGUACCCAGGGUUACGCUCCCUGCCGCUUUAUAAUGAUCCAUCUCCAGGCCAUCCCCCAAAUGAUGGAAGCGCUAGCAAUAGUCCUGUACCUAAUCAUCCUCAACAGUUCAUGAGGGGGGUUUCAACUCCUGGUGUAACACAGUCUUCUCAAGGUUUUGGAUCUAGCCCAUCACCGUCUUCUGGAGCACUGUACUUAAGUCAAAGUCAACAAAUUCAGCUCUCCUCAAAUAGCCAACAACUACAAGUUUCCCAGUCCCAACAGCAGUUAAUUAUGAGUCAAGAUAUGAAGCCAUCAAUUGCUCAGCAGCAACAACAGCAGCAUGUUCAAGGUAGAGGAUUCUAUGGUGGCCAAUCUGCAGUACAUAUGUCACAAUCACAAUCGGUUAAUUUCCAGUUUUCAGGUUCUUCAAGAAGUGCCAGUCCUACUACCAACCAGCGACCAUCUCCAAGUCAGAUGAAUUCCAGUGCCUCUGGGAGGCAUGUACAGCAACAGUAUAUGAGCAGACCUCCUCCGGAUUACCAAGCUUCAAUUGAACCUAGUGGUUGUAACAGUGGUCCAAUUAACAAUAUGCAGUCUGGUCUCCUUUCACAGAAUCAUCAGAUGCAAGUGAAUAUGCCAGACAAUAUUAACAUUAUCAAUGAUCAGAGUAAUAGAACUAUUGAUCAUAGAAAUAACACACCAGUAUCUGUAUCUCAGUCUUAUGCUGGAAUCAUACCUAUUUCACAAUCUGUUCCAAUACCAUCUUCCCAGUCUUAUUCUGGCUCUGUUCCAAAUUCAAAUGUUUACUCAGGUUUGACUCACAUUUCAAAUUCCCCUUCAAUUUCGGUGUCAAAAUCUUACCCUGGUCUUAUUUCCAUUUCAGAUGCUACUUCUGUUUCUGCAUCUGAUAAAUCUUUCCCAGGUACUGUACCAAUUUCAGAUGCAACAUCUGUUUCUAUAUCUAGACCUUACACUGGUAUUGUACCUGUUUCAAAUACAGUGCUUCUUUCUUCAUCCAAACCUUAUCAAGGUAUGGUGCCUAUUUCAAAUUCAACUACGAUUUCUGUAUCAAAGCCAUAUCCUGGUAUUGCGUCCCUUUCAAAUUCAUCUGGCACUAAAAUUUACUCUUCUAUGAAUCCUGUUUCAAAUGCAAAUCCUGUUUCUGUAUCAAAGUCAUAUCCAGGUUCUGGACCUAUUUCUUCUGCAUCUGCAUCACAGUCAUAUACAGGUGUGCCUACAUCAUCAUUAUCAGAACAAGUUCCAACACAUUCUUUAAUGAUGCCAACCACAACUACAAUAGCACCCACAUAUUCAGUAAGCAAAGGUCGUGGCGGAUCAAAACAAGGGAAUUCUCGAACAUUUAAUAAGCAGUGUGGUCCAUUAAGGCAACAUAAAGCACCAAAUGUGAAUGUUGGACCAGAAGGCCUUAAUAUAUCCCAAAGAACAAUGGAUUGGCGGCAUACAUAUAUCCAGCAUCAGAACCAGCAACAAAUUGUCACGCAUGUUAAUCCUCAGCUACGCAUGUCAUUCCCAAGAGGCAUUGCACAGAACUAUGGACAGAAUUUGGGUAUUGCCAAUGGAAAUAACUUCCAAGUCCACCACUUAAAUCCAAAUUCACCUGCUAAUAACAACAGUAGGGUUGUAACCAGUUCUCCUAUAGCAGAUCAUUCAUUGCCUAUCCAGCAAAGUGGUAUUCAUGAUAUAAAUUCUUCAGUAACAAGUCAUGUUAUGUUGCAACAGCAACAACAACAAGUUAUAAUAAACAGUGAUAAUAACACUCUGCUUAGUUCAUCCAAUACGUUACUCAAUUCAUCUCAUAUUCAGAUGGGUAGUUCUGCUAAUUCUGGAGGUGAUUCUACGAGCCAGUCACAGCAGCAAGUAUUUUCCACUUCAUCUCCAUCUUCAAACAAUUCAUCACAAGGUAUUGUGCCUGAUGGUGGACAGUUUAAUUUAGAUUUCUUGGAUAAUCUUGAUUGCUCAACAUCUGAUCUACUGAAUUUUGAUGUUAUGCAAGGUGGAAGCACUACUUUUCCAUUGUUAGAAGAUAUGAGUAUGCUAGAUAAAUGAAAGUUAGUGACUUGAGGAGUGAAAGCAUUUAUGAAAUGGCUCCCAUCUUAUCACAAUUGUCUAUGCUUUUGCUCAAAUGCUUGUGUGUGGAUUGUGAGUUUUUCGGUGAAGGAAAUGUCAGUUAUUUCAUCAUUAAUUCCUGCUGAAUUGUGUAACUGUUCUGUUUUUGAAGACAUAAAUUGUCAUUAACUAUCUGUAUAUUUAAGUUUGUUAAAUACUUGUAGAAGUUUUUUAUGAAGUUUUAUGAAACAAAAUUAAAUGAAUACUUGGAUUUCUGCAGUCGGUAAUUUUGCCAAAAUUUUUAAUUUGCUAAAAAUGUGCAUAUGCUAAUUUUAUGUUUCAUUUCAAAACUACCAUAAAUUUUUAAAGUGUUUUAGAGAUUAUAAGCAUUUACAAAUAUUUGUUUCAUCAGCCACGAUUUGCUUUCAGUUAGAUUAGUGAAUCAGCUGAUGCAAUAUUUGUAUUAUUAUUCUAGUUAUUUUAUUACAGUUAGUGUUCAAGAUUAUCAGACCACACAAAAUUUACUUUUCGAGACUAUGUUAAAGGAUCAUUUUCAUAUUAUAAGCUAAAUUUUUUAAUGUUGCUUUUCCUUUAAGAAAUAAUUAUAUAUAAUCAAGUUAAUAUUUAAAUCAAAUUGAGAACUAAACCAACCAAUUUUCUUAGAGCAUUUAAGAAGAAAUAACAAAACACUCAUAACUCAAAUUUUAUCUUUAUGUGCAUUAUGCAUAAAAUUUUAUAACAGUGAAAUUGUGCUGUAAGAAUAUAUUUCUUGCAGUGCCUUAUUUUUAAGAAUAACUGAUAAGAAGAUGCUGUAAGAAAGCGUAGACUGCUAUGAACUGUAGAGUUUGCUUUUUAAAAGCUUGUUAUUUAUUCAUUGUAUUCAUUUACAUUGUUACUAGAACUACUCUGAAUGUUUUGAAACAUUUAAAUGGCAUGUAUCUGUAUGUGUAUGCAUGGUUGUCUGAUGUAAUUUAAAAUGUUCAAUUUUCCAUGUAAAAAUGAAACUUUAUACCUAAUGGGAAAAGGUUUGAAAUAAUACAUGGACAUCCUGAAUUUAAUGCAUUUAGUGUCUUUAUUUCAGGUACAAAAAAAAGAAUACAUUGUUGCCCUAUAUAUUUAAUUAAUUCCUCUUGCAGUCUUGACAUUGAAUCUGUUAUCCAAUUAUUUUUGGUGGUAGCUUCAUGCUGAUAUAGUGGUUCAAAUUUAUCAGUAUGAAAAGAUUAUAUCAAAUUUAAUGCCAAACAGUUCUUACCUCAGUGUGAAGUAAUUUAUGCAGAAAAUUCAUUGUGUUAAGAAGGUGCUGUUGAUUUUUGAUGCCAAAAGUUAAAUGUGGCAAACAGUUACGGAUUUUUUUAUAAAUAUGUUUUAUAAAAACUACAAGUUUAUAUUACUGUUUCAAGAGUGUUAAGAGAUGUUUUUAAGCGAAACUUCUUUUUGAAAGAAAGAAGGUAAAUUAAGAGCAGACUUGUGAAGGUUUGUAGUCUAAUUAUAUUACUUUUGUUGAGGAAGUAAAUUGAUUGUUAAAAAGCGUACUUAAAUCAUGUUGAAAAUAUAUAUAUAUCGCUUUUUUACUUGUAACUAUUUAGUGACCAUGUGGCUAUGCUGUGUGUUGUACAGAAAUUAUUGCAUAUGCAUAUAGUUAUGAUUACUCAUGAAACAUUCCUGUAAUUCAUUUUUCAAUGUUUUUAAUUCAAUUAUUUAAGAUUAUUAUUGUUGCAUACUUUAAGAACUGUACAAUGUUAUGCUUUUUAUUCUUUUCAAUUAUGUGUAUAAUCUUUCAUGAUGCAUUUUGUUUAGUGUUCAGUUUCUUGUAAUUUGUUUUUGAGAGCACAAUAAACAAAUCUCAUUGUC